AUCUCUGGAUUGCAAGUUGCCAAGACACACAAGUGCCCAGGUUUGAGGGGGAAAGAAGUGUGUGUGUGUGUCAGCCAGGUCUGUUUUGGAACUGAGACUCCUAGAGAGAAAGAGAGAGAAAGAGACAGAGAGCGGAGGGAGAGAGAGAGAGAGACUGAAGAGUGUUUUCAUCCAAGUCCAGAAGAGGACAAGAAGCCAGCAUUGCACAUCCUUGCGCUGCAAACUUUUGAGCCAUGCCUGUCUUGUGAUUCAGACUUGCUUCGCAAAUUGCAAUCGCCUUUCCCUCUUUGCAACCCAAGGGAGGGAGGGAAGCAAGCAAGAAAGCAAGAAAGCAAGGGACUGAAGAAGGAAGCCUCAGCUUUUCAGCAUCGGUUCGCCUUGCAUACUGAGUCGCAGCUGCAUCGAACUGCUGCAAGAGUCUUCCAAAGAGAGAGAGAGAGAGACGAUCUAAGCAAUGAUGAAGACUAUGUCUAGUGGGAACUGCACUUUGAAUGUGCCAGCCAAGAACUCCUAUCGGAUGGUUGUGCUGGGAGCCUCCAGGGUUGGCAAGAGUUCCAUUGUCUCACGAUUUCUCAAUGGCCGCUUUGAAGACCAGUACACACCCACAAUUGAAGAUUUUCAUCGCAAAGUCUACAACAUUCGUGGUGACAUGUAUCAGCUGGACAUCUUGGAUACAUCUGGGAACCAUCCAUUCCCUGCCAUGAGAAGACUUUCAAUUCUCACAGGGGAUGUUUUCAUCCUAGUGUUCAGCCUGGAUAACAGAGAAUCCUUUGAUGAAGUCAAGCGACUCCAGAAGCAGAUCCUUGAAGUCAAAUCAUGCCUGAAGAAUAAGACUAAGGAAACAGGAGAGCUGCCCAUGGUGAUCUGUGGCAACAAGAAUGAUCAUGGUGAACUCUACCGCCAGGUGAGCUCUGAAGAAGCUGAGAAGCUUGUCUCCAGUGAUGAGAAUUGUGCUUACUUUGAAGUCUCCGCCAAGAAGAACACCAAUGUGAAUGAGAUGUUCUAUGUUCUUUUUAGCAUGGCCAAGCUUCCUCAUGAGAUGAGUCCUGCCCUUCACAGGAAGAUCUCUGUCCAGUAUGGUGACACCUUCCAUCAAAAGUCCUUCAAGAUGAACAGAGUCAAAGAGACAGAUGCUUACGGCAUGAUCUCUCCCUUUGCUCGUCGACCCAGUGUCAAUAGUGACCUGAAAUACAUCAAAUCCAAAGUUCUCAGAGAAGGGCAAACAAGGGAGAGAGAGAAAUGCACAGUACAGUGAAAGAAACUGCUGAGACAGAGUCUGUAGAGUAUGUGCAGUGCCUUACAAAAGAAAAUGGCUGAUCGGGGAAUGUUGUUAAUGGAUUUGUCAGGCCCAGGUAAUGACUGCAAAUCACAGUCAUGAGAAUAAGGCUCAAAACCACUUUUUCAACAGUAUCACACCAUUGAUGUAAAGAAAUUAUUUCAAAGGACAGUAUUGUAAAUACUUGAAGCUGUCUGGUAAGUAAUUACCACAUGCAGCACCUAUGACUUGUUCUUUCAUUAUAUAAAAAAAAUUCUGGUUUUCUAUUUGUUUUUCUCUCCCUUGAAGAAACUGUAUAAAGAAGGCUGAAUCUCAGCAUUAUAUGAGAAAUUAGUGCAGGAUGAGUAACUUGCAUAGUUUUGCUGAGUUUUCAUAUACAGUGGUUAAUCUUUGCUGUCAAGAUGAAAACAAUGUUGUUUUCCUCCAAUUCAUCUUCAGAAAUAAGACUCAUGUUGCACCUUCCUAUCUUGGUUCAAUGAACUCAGGGUGGCUUCCAAGACAAUUUGUAUAUAUGUAUAUAUGUAUCUAUGUAAGUAUGCAUAUUUCUGAUUUGCCCUUAAGUAGAUUUGUUUGGUUUGAAGAAGGCUGGGACAUUUGGGAGUUGGUGGAGAAAUGCACUUUUUAACAUGGCACUGGCAGUUCAUAUCACUUCAUAUUCUGGCUUUAAUUUUGUUUUUGUUUUCCAAGCAAAACCAGAUGGCAAAUUGUCUGUUUUAACUGAAAUGUGAGCUAAUCGGCAAGUAGGAACGAGAAAUGCCAAUUGUUUUCAAGUCACAAAAUUUAUAUAGUAAUUUGAAGUUCUUGUACUGUAAAAACCCAGCACACCUGGCUGCUUCAUGUGCUUUUCUGUUCCUAAGAAGAAUAUCUUUACAUUUCAAAUCCCACCCAUCUCCACUUAACUUGCUUUUAUUCAGCACUUUUGUCCUCAAAACCAGAGCUUGGUUACUUUUUUGGGCUAAAACUCUCCAAGUGAGCAUGGACAAUGGCGAUGCAGUGAGCAUGGAGUCAUAAUACAAAAAAGUAGUUCUCCCAAGCUUUUCUGACAACCACAGUGGCUAUGUAAUACCAAAUCCCAUGACCUACCUGGUGGCUCAUGCCACAUCAUGGCCCUUACCCUAUAAUCCCACACCUAUGUUACGCUAUGUUAUCUGGCUUUCAGGUCAGCUGAACACAGUAGGACUUACUUCUAAAUUUAACCUGCACAAAUCAGGUGAAACAAACAUGUAAAAUUCAGUUUAGAAAGAGACUGUCUUCCAAGUCAUAGCCACUGUGGAUAUGAGCACCAGAAUAUAAUGCACAGAUGUAGUUUGAUUUCAAGAAUGUAGAAUUAAAAAAAAAAAAAGCCAGCAUAACACAAAUUGUUUGUUGUUGUUCUUGUUGUUGUUGUGUGCCUUCCAGCCAUUUCUGACUUAUGGCAACCCUAAAGUGAACCUAUCACAAGGUUUUCUCAGCAGAAUUUGUUGGGGUGGAGGUUGCCCUUGCUUUCCUCUGUGGCUGAGACUUGCCCAGUGAAUUUCCAUGGCUGAAUGGGGGGUUCAAAGCCUGGUCUCCCAGUGUGCUAAUUCAGCACUCAAAUCACUACACCAUACUGAGUCACAUAGAUGGUUUUACUCCAUAUAAAUUCAUCAAUUCAUACCAUAACCUGUCUUGGCCCAGUUGUGUUCACUGAGGUGUUCUGGAGCUACCACAUGUAAGAAUGGGAUAAAAGGAUAGGAUGUUCCAGCCUCUUAUUCAUAAUUCUCCCAUCCAGAUGACCCCUGCCUCUCUCAGUCUCAUCUUGCUCCCCUUCUUCUUUUGUUCCUUCGUGUGCUGGGACAACUGUCUGCACUGAUAAUAGACAUUUUAAAGGGAAAAAAAUACCUCAGACGUGAGUAUGUUGGUGUGUGUGUGUGUGCAUGUGUGUAGUUGUAUGUAUACAUGACUGCAAUGUAUGUAGCAGGGGAAAGACUUUAGUCUCAGUUAUGUUGACAUACUGUGUGAACUGUGUGGAUUUUAGAUAGUCCUGAUAUUCUGUACCAGCUGUUGAUAAUAUCACACCUCUGUGUUCUAUUAUACCUCAUGUUCUGCACAUAUGUAAAUGGUACUGUAUGUUCUGCAAGCCGUAUUGGGCUGAAUGAAUGUUCACUCUGAUAUCUGACUGGUAAACAAAGUUUGAAGUAUAUCUGUAAAAGUCCUUAACAGAUAAAAGUAUCAUCCUCCCUGUGGAUUCGUCAGCCCCACACCUUUCCUUGCCUUGCAAUGUAAAAUGCAGUAUUGUCUAAUUUCCUCUAGUGCCAUGGCAACCACUUAUAUUAUUUUCAAGUGACUCAAAAACUUGUAUAAUAAAUCUAUGUAUAUAUACAUAUACAUUCUUUUCAAAUAAACCUGAUUUAUUUGUUA